AUUCUAUCUUCCCCACUCAAACAUCUUGAAAACUAUUCCUCAACCAAUAAUACACACACUCUCUCUCUCUCUCUCUCACACGCACAGCCACACACAGCCUUUUCAUUUAAGCUUCCAAAAGCUCUCCUACCCACUUUUGCAAAGACCAUUUUUUUCAUUCUCUUCGAAAAAUAAUCAGUUAAGUCUAUUCUUGUGAGAGAUUUUACAGAGAGAGAGAGAGAGAGAGAGAGUAGUAAUAGCAGUAGAAGAACUGAAGAAGCAGGAAGAAAGAAAAGGCAAAAGGGCAUUGUUCAUUAAUGGGCUGCUCUGCUUCAAAAAAUAGUGUUAUUCUCCCCAAAAAACCAGAGAAAGGGUCUUCUUCAUCGCUAUCAAAUCCUUCUGCUUCCGCAUCGGAGUCCUCCAUUGCUUCCUCUCCAGUCCCUAGAGCUCUCUCUCUCCCAACCCCUUUGGUUCACCACCCUGCCAUUAGAAAAGGGGAUACUCACCACUUGGUCUCUCUUACCUCCACCACUUAUGGCUAUGGCUCCCUCCUUGACCAUGCCACACCCGAAAACCCGACCAUGAAACCGAAGGAUACGCUUCUUAAGAAGCCUAAAAAGGCGUCGUUGAAUUCCCAGAAGAGAGCUUUGGCUACGGACCACGACAAAGACCUUUCGAUUAUCCCUCUGUCACCUGACUCAGUCAUUAACACAUGGGAACUCAUGCACGGUCUCGACGAAGACUCCGUUUUCAACUCCGCCAAUCUCGACCGUCCGAUCAAAUUCCAGACCAAACCCAGUUCGUGUAGGUACACCAACUUUGAUGGGUCGGGGAAGAAACGGAUCAACUCGUUCGAGUCAACGAGAUAUUCCGAAACAACGACGUCUUCGUCUUCAACAACAACGACGACGACUACUUCUUCUUCCUCUUCUUCUGCUUCGUCCUUGUCGUCUUCCAUAACGAAACCCCUUUGGCAGCACUUAUCUGAAGAAAAUCUCUUAUCGAAUAUGGAUCCCAAUGUGGGAUUAACUUAUAGAAGAGCCUUAUCUUCGCGGCAAUUGGGUUACAAACACUCCAAAACCAGGUCACUCGGUUCGAGUCCCUUCUCUUCGUUUUCUUCUUCUUCCAACAGUGCUUGGUUCAAAAUACCAAGAGCAGAGGACAAAAUCGUAAUUUACUUUACAAGCUUGAGAGGGAUAAGGAAAACAUAUGAGGAUUGUUGCUCUGUACGGAUGAUAUUCAGAGGCUUCAGAGUUCCAGUCGACGAAAGAGACAUAUCCAUGGAUUCAGAGCUCAAAAACGAGCUUCAAAGAGCUCUAGGAGGAAAAGUUUUGACUUUGCCUCAAGUUUUCAUAAGGGGAAAGCACAUUGGGGGGUCAGAUGAGAUCAAACAACUUCAUGAAGUUGGAGAAUUGGCUCAGCUCUUAAAUGGGUUCCCCAUAUUGGAUCACGGAAUGGUCUGCAAUGGCUGCGGUGGUGUAAGGUUUCUUCCUUGCCCGAGCUGUAAUGGCAGCCGGAAAGUGUUUGAAGAAGACCAAGGAGAGUUGAGAAGAUGCUCUGAUUGUAAUGAGAAUGGCUUGAUACGAUGCCCAGGUUGUUGCUCAUGAAUUAUGUGUCACUGAAAUUGAGAUUUUUAUUUUGAGAAAACGUAACAAUCCAGCUACAAAAACCAGCAACCAAUCCAUAAGAAAAUGAAGAAACAAUUAAAAUUGAAAUUGGUAUUAGAAGAAGAAGAAACGGCUUACCAGAGAAGAGAUGAAACAACUUACUGGUUGUAUAAACGUGCUUGAAAGUAUUUGAUUGCUUAUUUGGGCAAAUUCGCAGGACACACCAAUAUUUCAAUUGAUGAAGAUUGAUAUGGAAAUGACUUAAAUAAAUGAAAUCAAACUUUCCAUAUUGUAAACUUUUCUUUCUUUUUCCCAUAUUUUAAACUG